AUGGAAUCUACAAAACUUGAAUCUUUUCUACAUAUGAGUCAGCAGCCAGAUGCCGAGUUCCCUGAUCUCCAAUAUUCUUUUGAAGGACAGGAUGAAUUUUGUUGGGAUGAAUCUCUGGACCAAUACAUUGAUCCAGAACAACUUGAUACCGGAGCUCCUGCGCCAGGGGUGGAGUCAGUACCUAGUGUGGAUGGGCUUCCGGAGCUGACACCAGCCCCAACGCUAGCUGAGAGUGAGAUGCAUGGCAUUAGCCAAUUACUUAUCGAACUCCAGAAUCGUGUUUGUUUCUUGGAAAAUACGAUCACGCAGAAACAGAUAACAAUUGACAUACUCGAAAGAUAUGUUGAGAGGCUACAGCCGUAUCUUUUGCAGCUAUCUAACCCGGUCCAAGAAAUUCAAAUGAAAGGCGUCGCGUGA